UGGAAUCGAUUCCACUCAUCACUGCCGGUAACUUGGGCCACACGUGGUUCCUGUUGGUGGUGAUAGUCUCAGAGGCUUGGGCCUACUCGCUUGUUUCAAUUACAGACAUCCACCAUCGAUACAAAUUACAGACAUUCACCAUCGAUAUCAAUUACAGAGAUUAAUCGGCGGCGUCGCGAGGUGCAUCGUGGUGCAAGCUCGUGGUUUGUUGCUGCUGCUGCGUACGGUGCGAAAGAAAUCCAAGGAACAAGCCAUCAUGCUGAGGAGGCAGGCGCGACUGCGCCGCGAGUACCUCUACCGCAAGGCGCACGAGGCCAAGAAGAGCCUCGUGGAGGAGAAGAAGGCGCGGCUCAAGAGGGCGCUCGACGAGAACCUCGUGCUGCCCACGGACCUGCGGCGGGAGGCGCUUGAACUCCAGAAGGCCGCGGAGUUCGACGACCAGGGAGGAGAGGGAGUGAGCAGCCACAUAGAUGACGAGUACCGCUGGGCCGGCGUAGAGGACCCGCGCAUCAUGGUGACGACCUCGCGCGACCCCAGCUCCCGCCUCAAGCAGUUUGCCAAGGAGAUAAAGCUGAUCCUGCCGAACGCUCAGCGGAUGAACCGCGGAGGCCACGAGCUGGAGGCGCUGGUGCGGGCGUGCCGCGCCAACGCCGUCACCGACUUCAUCGUCCUGCACGAGCACCGCGGCAUGCCAGAUGGGAUGGUGGUGUGUCACCUGCCGCUGGGCCCCACGGCGUACUUCACUCUCUCGAGCGUGGUGAUGCGGCAUGACAUCCCGGACGUGGGCACGAUGUCCGAGGCGUUCCCGCACCUCGUGAUGCACAACUUCACGUCGCGACUCGGCAAGAGGGUGUCGGACAUCCUCCGGUACCUGUUCCCCGUGCCCAAGGAGGACAGCCGGCGCAUCAUCACACUUGCCAACGACGACGACUACAUCUCGUUCAGGCACCACGUCUACAAGCGCGACGGCAAAGACAUCGAGUUGAAGGAGGUGGGACCGCGGUUCGAGAUGAAGCUGUACGAGAUUAAACUGGGCACGCUGGACAACGCGGCCACCGCCGAGGUGGAGUGGCGCUGGCGACCGUACAUGAACACGGCGAAGAAGAGGAAGUUCCUGAGCGUGGAGUGAGGGAGGGGGGCGACUUCCCCCCCCCCCCAACACCGCGGGGGGAGGGGCGGUGGGGGGGUUUGUCCCUGGAACCCCGGAGUUGGAGUCGAACCUGGCGGCGCUCUACGCCGAGGCGUUGAGAGGUCGUCGUGUGUGGAUAGGGCAGUGCGUGAAUCGCUGUGCCAACCCUCGUCACACACGCGCAUCAUACGCAUCACACACACACAUUGCGGAUGUACAUUUAUCACACACAUAGCAUGCACAUCGUCACACGUGUCGCACACAGACCCCGUAUAGCUGUUAACAGAUUGCUGGGGCAAGUGCUGUUAGCGGGUCGCGCCUAUGAAGGCCGGCAUGGCACAGAAGUGGGUGGGUGGCCAGCCCCACGUCUGCCUGCCUUUGUUUCCCCAGUUUUGCGAUGUUAUACACACCACACCACGUACUCAUUUAUGACUGAAUAAAACUCUGGGAGGCCCAUGACCGCUAUCAUAUAUUCGCCACUCUUAAUGGCUGUGAGCGGGAAUUGAAGUCCGAUGGCUGGGUUCGUAGUGAAGUCCACUAACCGCUGCACCACCACUCGCCAAACGGGGCACACAAACCUACACGCAUAAACAAAAUGAAACAUUAACAUUUAUUUAAGUAAA